GAAAUGCGAUAUCCAUCGGUUAGUAUUGUUAACGUAAUUCAAGUGGCGAUUACUACAACAGAAUCGUUACAGUAGCUGUUUAGUUUAAGCGAAACUCUCGUUCGUACACCAUGGAGGACGAAUCGUCGAAAUCAAUAUGGUACCUGCAGAAGGGUACCACCACGAUGUUCCUCGCGGAGGUGGUAGGAACAGCGGUACUUUUAUUUAUCGGUUGUAUGGGCUCCGUGGGUACCAUGGGAUUGUCGAUACCUCUACCGUUACAAACGUCUAUCGCGUUUGGUAUGACUGUCAAUAUGUUAAUCAUGAUGGUGGGCCACAUCAGCGGUGCACAUUUCAAUCCAGCUGUCACGAUUGGAGCAGUUAUUGUAGGACUUAAAACCAUUCCAACGGGUAUCGUUUACGUAGUGGGCCAGUUCAUCGGUGCCAUUAUUGGAUACGGACUGCUAGUGACAGUGACUCCACCCGAAUUGCUCAGCGACGGGCACAACUCGUCGGCAGGCUUUUGCGUGACCGCUGUUUAUUCUGGUGUCAGUAUCGUGCAAGCGAUUCUAAUCGAAGCUCUAUGCACGGCGAUUGUACUUUGCACAGCAUGCGCUACUUGGGAUCCCAGAUGCGCGCAUACCGCGGAUUCUACGGCUAUCAGAUUUGGUUUCUCUAUCGUAGGGCUUUCACUUGCAGCGAGCCCGUACACCGGUUGCAGCAUGAACCCAGCGCGUAGCUUCGCUCCUGCGCUUUUCCAAGGAGAUUGGAAGGAUCAAUGGAUUUAUUGGAUUGGACCGACCGUAGGAGCUUUACUUGGAACGUAUACCUAUCAGCUUCUUUUCUUGGAAAAGGAAACGGUCAUGACUGCCGAUGAUCAUUCUUUCAUACAGAUGAAUUCGAGAAAUUCCGACAGUAUAAAUAUUCCAUGUGACAAGAUUAGAAAUGAAAGGCUCGAAGUCACAAAAAUGUAAAAAAUCACUUCCGCACAAUGUACCAUGAACUUAACCGACUUCACGACUGAACCAUCUAAGGGUACGACAUUAUAUACCAUGCACACAGUGUAUUUGUUAUCGUCCGCCGGUUAAGGUUUUCCACGAUCCGCGACGUUUCAAGUAGUUUUGGACAUUGCCAGUGACGUCGCUGUACGCGAUCGACUGCUGCUACCUUCGAUUCUCUUUUAUUAUAUCGAUAUGUUUAUGUUAUUCGAAUUGUAUGAACAUAAACGUUUCUAUCGCGCUAUGCAAUUGAGAGAAUAGACUAUCAAAAGUCUACUAUUUUUUGACAGUGUAUAAAUGUAUUAUAGCGACUAAAAAAAUUAUUAACGCUAAACUAUCGCACACGUU